AUGGCUCCCCACGACCGGCACGAUGGCGCUGCCGAAGAGCAACCACUCCUCGCCAACCAAACCCAACAACACCGCCGGCGUGCCAACUCAAUCACAUCCUCCGACCUCAGCACAACCAGCACCACGACCUCCCCGACAAUCCGCCUCUCCCGUUUGCGCAGCCUCGCAAUCUGCCUCUCAAUGUUCACCCUAAUCUUCAUCAUCCCCUGCAACGUCACCCUCAUGACAACAAUCCAAUCCGCCGUCACCGCCUCCCUCCCCGCCCUCCCAUCUUGGGUCUCCUGGUACACCUCCGCCUACCUCAUCGCCGUCACCGCCGUCAUGCCCCUUGCCGGCCGCCUUUCGCAGAUCUUCACUGCCAGGGUCUACGUAUUGGGGAGUAUCCUCGUGCAGUGCGUUGGGCUGCUCAUCAUCAGCUUAAGCCAAUCCUUCGGGAUGUUCAUCUUCGGGAGGGUGGUCUGUGGGAUCGGCGCAGCGGCGGUUACGCCGGUGGCGUUCCUACUGGUGACGGAACUAACAGACCGGAAGAACCGGGGCGUGUUCUUUGGGUGCAUCAAUACGGCGUUCACGAGCGGGGUGGCGUGUGGGGCGAUCUUUGCUGGAUUGUUGGAGCCCGUUGCGGGUUGGAGGGCGGUGUUCUGGGUGCAGGUUCCUAUCUGUCUUGGUGCGGCGGGUGUGGCGUUUUUGAGUAUUCCGAGGGCGGAUGAGGGGGGUUUGAAGGGUGCCGAUGGUGAUGGGUCUGGUGGGGAGAAGUCGAGUGUGAGGGAGGGGCUGGCCAGGCUGGACUAUUUUGGGAUUCUGACGCUAAUCUCUGGUGUUUGUCUACUGCUGUACGCCCUCUCCUCGCCACACGUCACACCCACGCCAAUUAUCCUCGCCGUCCUGGAUCUCAGCUUGUUCGUCGCAGUCGAAGCCUACUGGGCCGCCGAACCCAUCAUCCCGCCCUCCGUCCUCCGCCACCGCGGCAACCUCCUCACUGGUCUCGCCACAGUAGGACUAAUGGCCGCUCGCUGGAGCGUCCUCUUCUACACGCCCCUCUACGGCAUCGCGGUCCGGGACUUCGCACCCGCAAAAGCCGGCGUUCUGCUCAUCCCCACCGACGUCGGGUUCGCCGCUGGCGGAAUCGUGGUUGGGUGGCUGCACAUCCGCUCCAAUAAGUCCUACUACCUCCCCAGCUUGAUCACAUUCGUCCUAUUCGCGGCGACGCAGUUCACGCUCUCCCGCUUAUCGACGACGGAUAGCUCGUUGAGCACAAGUUACCUGCCGACGAGCUUCUUCAAUGGGUUCUGUGCGGGUGUGCUGCUGAACUAUACAUUGGCGCACGUGCUGUUCUUGACGCCGGCGGAGGCGCAUGUGGUUGUGAUCCCGUUCAUUGCUAUGCUGAGGUCGCUGGCGGGGAGUUUUGGGAGUGCGAUUGCCGGAGGCAUUUUCCUGCGUACUCUCAGUGCUAGUCUUCGGCAAGGCUUUGACCAGAUACAGCCGAUUCUAGGCAACGACUGGACUAAGGAACGGAAACGGGAACUGAUCGGGCGCCUGAUUGGGAGUCCGAACCUGGUGUAUAAAUUACUGAGAGGGGGAGACGGGGACGUGACGCCGAGGGAAGGGAGGGUGCUGUUCGAGGUGGCGCUGCAAGGGUAUAUCGAUGCAUUUCGCACGAUGUUCAUGUGGGGCAGCGUUAUUGCAUUGGUCAUGGCGGCGGUCCAGGCUGGCACUGGAUGGAGGGGUGCGCAGGGGCAGGAGGCGGAGGAAGAUAUGAAGGGAGACGGGGAAGAGGAGGAGCAGCAGCUACUUGGAAAUGGCCAAAUUGGAGGCGCUGCUUCUACGGACAGCGGAGCAGCGAGGCCCAGGUCGUGA